CCGAAAAAAAAAAGGGGUCGGGCUGCUGCCCUUCCCCUCUCCCUUCCUUCCCCGACCUUCCCCUUCCCCCCUUCUUCCCCUCCCUCUCCUCUUCCCGUCGAGCAGCACAGCAGCAGCAGAGCCAACCGGCGCCGACCCCAGCCUACCUCCCCGUCGUCGCCCCUCUCCUGCCGCGCGCCGGCGAGCCCCGUCGUACCCAGCCACCGCAUCACCCUUCCCCAGUCCCUCGCACCACCUCCGACGAGCAGCCGCCGCGCAUCUCCGGCCGUCGUCUCCGGCGGUCUUCGCCACAACCCAGUGCCCCAAUCUGACCUCCCACCUCCUGCCCGCAUCAAAGCCCCCUUCCCUCCAGGUCUGAUUUGACAAAACCUAGCAAUUGAAGAAUAAGAACAAGAAAAAUUAGGGUUCUUCAGAUUGGGGUUUUUGCUCAAUUUCGAAUUUGAGGUGACAUUGGAGUGUGAUGAUUGCUUGAUUGGGCCAAUUGAAGUGCAAUUACUGUCUAGAAGAAUAUUUGCAGAAGAUUUAUGGGUGCAUCUUGAGAAUUGGUUGAUUUGUGGGUUGCAGAAUUUGGGGAUUUUCUGAUUGUGGUAGCAGUGAACUGGAAUUUGGGAAGCAGAGUACAGAUUUGUGAAACCUUAGUGGUUCAAGAGCAGAGGGGAGGUUUAAGAAGUUUGUUUUCUAGUUUGCACUCUUGGUUGCAGAUAUGGUACGUCGAAGGUAUAUCCCUCCACCUCGGCAGUUCAAGGUAACAGAUCAAAGUGAAGAUGGGAAGACUGUUUACCGUUCGUGGAUGAUUGAAGACAGCCACAAGGUGACCGAUAAGGGUGAUCACCAUGCCCGCUCAAGCGGUCAACAUGCCCGCUCAAUUUCACAGGGUGAUCACUGGCCAGGUUGGACCCACGAUGCGGUCCCGGACUAUUGAGAUGACUUCUCCAACUCCAUCUCCACCACAGCAGCCUGCUCAAAUGCCUACUGAAGAACCUCCAUUACCAGAUUCAACACCAGUUGUAUCACCGGAGAGCAGGCCAGCAAAGAGGAGUCGUCUCCAGCAAUCGAGCUCAUCUUCACGAUCACAGAUGUCUUCUUCUUCAGCACCUGCACCAUCCACGACACCACGUCGUACUAGCCUAAGUGCAAGCAAGAAGAAGGCUGGCACUCCUCCUCCAAAGGACGUCUCUAAGACGUUCGGUCAGCCUGUCCAGCUCCAGAAACAUAAGGAAGAAUAUGCCGAUCUGAUGAAACGAGCGGUCACCCCUUCUCAGUUCAUGGACUAUGCAGCAUUGCAGAAGACCGAGCGGGCUGAGGAAGUGAUGACAUACUUCCGCCGAAUGAAUUGGGCACGAUUUCCGGAGCUGCACUUCCCCACCUAUCCACACCUCACCAGAGCAUUCUUGGCCACAUACAGCUUCGAGGAUAAUGGGGUUGAGAGCAAGCUUCAGAGUACUUUGGCAGGGAAAACAAAGUCCCUCUCUUUGAGCCAAGUAAACCGAGAACUUCUCUUCGAUGGUCCAGCAGAUGCAAUUCCUGAUGAAAAGCAGGACUUGAGUGAGUUUUGGACGACAAUUGUGGCAGAUGGAAAGGAAUUCAAUCCUACUUCUUCGAGGAGAGCAUCGAUCAGAGACCCGAUAAUCCCACUAGUACAUGACUACCUGGCUCGCACUGUCUUGGGAAAGGGAUCCAAUGCCAGUGGUGUCUACACCACCGAUCUCAGGUACAUUCACAGUUUUGUUACUGGAACACCAUUGUGUGUUGGGUACAUGGUGGGUAAGAUGCUGGAAAAUGAUGCACUGAAGACUUGCGGAGCAAUUAUGUGUGGGGGAAUCAUUACUGCCUUAGCUCGAACUUACUGGGGGUUCCCGGAGAACCCUACGGGUUUAGAGAUCAGUGAUGGCUCGACUCUACUUGGGGAAGCAACAUUAGGCAAAUUGGGUUUUCUGAGGAAAGUAGGAUCUCGUGGAGAGUAUCUAUCUAUUGCAAAAUACAAGGAGUGGGAGACCAAGGUCAAUCGGAAAAGGGAAGCAAGGGCUGCUAGAGCAACUUCUGCUUCGGCAUCAUCUGCCGCACCAUCAGUGGCCACUCCGACCACAGCUCCAGCUCCUACACCGACAGCAGCGGGGCACUCGGACUCGAGUGUCAGCCAGGGCCAGCAGUCCCAUCCUACUCCAGUUCCGCAUCCAGAAGAUACCCCACCAGUCGUACCAGCUUCACCAUCAUCUACAGACGAGCUCAGAGCCAGAAUAGCUCUCUUGGAAGCCAGAGACGCAGAGAAAGAUAAGAAGAUCCAGGAGCUAAACCGGCGUCUAGAUGAGAAGCUCGGCACUCCUGCAUCGACCCCUCCUCCAUAGGAGCUUGUCCCGAGGUUCUUUUUCUUUUCUUUUCUUCUUUUCUUCUUUUCUUUGUGAAUACUUCUGAUGAUGGUCUGUAUAAUGUUAGUUAGGUGAACCGAUUGGUGUGUCGUGUGUAGUUGUAGACAUUGUGGACAAUGUCCAUCCUGAGUGUGGGGUGGAUGGUCUGUGUUCUUGUCGUGUUUUGUGUUUUAUGUCGAGUCGCAGUUGUCCACAGUGUCUCGUUUUGUGUUAAAAAAAAAAAAAAAAACUGCCAUUAGGUUGAGCACAGGCAAGCUGCAUGCAGUUUGCCUGUGUAAAAAGCAGUCUGCCUGUGUAAAAAGCAGUCUGCCUGUGUUAAUCUAAUGGCUAAAAAACACCUAAAAAUCAGAAAAAUCAAAAAACAAAACCUUGUACUCUUGUAGUAACAUGAUGUAAAUGACCGUGAUGCCUUGAAAAUGAGUUUGUGCUUGAAUGAAAUCAUCGAAAUCACCCCACUAGUGUUGAAUUGCAUAGUUUUUCACAAUGAGCUUGAAUGUUUUGACUGACUUGAUAUGCUUGGAAUGAGCAACUCUUUUAGCAACAUUCUCUUUUGUGAGGAUAGUGUAACGACUUUUGGUGAAGUAGUUAGGUGGAGAACAUUGACCAUUCGAUAUGUUUGGAUACCGUGCUUACUUGCAUCAAUUGUGAGCUUUUGAUUUUGCAAUGAGUCUCUCUGUUUUGAAUGUUUUAUGAUGGGGUGAACUGUAUCUUUAUAAAAGAAAACACUACCUGACAAGUAAAAUAUAAGAAAGUUGCCAUAACAAUUAAAGUGUGGGUAAAAAAGCCAAAAUCGUGUGAGGCAAUCACUCAUUGCACAUGGGGAUGAGGAAAGAUUCAAUUGAGAAUCGGUUUGCGACCGUACGAUGUUGCUUAUCAAGUACGAUCCCCAGUUGAGUGAAGUGCCAUUUGAGGAGCAAUGACCCUCCACACGGACCGAGGAUAAGGAGUUAAAAGAAGCCCUUAUGCGAGUGCUAAGAAGCAGAAAUUGCUCUUGCUCGGUCACCGGUAGUAAGAAACAAAUCCCACUUGUACUAAAUACGACCUCUCGGCAAGCAAAAGCAGAAAGAGAGAAAGUCUCUCAUUGUCAUAAAAGGUAGUGAUGUGCUUAAAAUUAAACUCUUGUUUGCGAAAGGCUUCCCCCAUUAGUUUUUGAGACUCAUGCUUUGUUAAUUGCUUAUGAUUGAUGUGAGUAAGCCAGAUUGUCCUCACGAGAUAUGCACCUCACUGAUGUGGUUAGAUUCUCCUAAUAACUGUUGCACCAUAAGUUGUUAAUCACUCGCUACCGACGAUCGAAACUGAUUGUUACUAUUUGAGUUUUUGAUGGAUUUGAGUCAGUCAAUGGUAAUGGUUGCAAAGAACUUGAGUGUGGGGUGAAAUGUAUGAUUAUUAAAGCACAACUUGUCUGUUGAGAAAGAAACUACUGAUUACAAC